AUGACCAACGCCGAAAAAACCCGAAUGUACUUGGGCGAAGCAGGGGCUGAUAACGUCUCAGCCAAGGACUUUGCAAGGGUCUUUGCAAACCGGAUACUUGGUCUCGGAUUGGCCGAACCAGAGAAACUGGAAGCUUUCGGCGACUCCCUUCUUGCGGGCAAAGCCGCCGACAUCGGGUGGGAGGCGGCGCAGGCCAGCGCUACUCCCUUCACAACGUGGUCGGCCGCGCACGCCACGUUCGUGCAGGAGUUUGACGUCCCACAAGCAGCCGAGAAGACUUCCCAGGAAUGGGAGAAGGAGCUCGCAGUGAUGCGCAUUGGGCUCGAUGAGCUAGGCACCAAGAUUGCUCUCGGCGGUGUCAACACCCAUGCACACAUAGCCUUCGCGCGCAAACUGAUGCGCGCCGCAAAGAAAGCCGGAGUCGACAAGUCAAGCAGCAACAUCUGGGCGGUACGCGACCACUUCCCUGACUCGCUCAAGGACAAAACGCCCCCAGCACCAAAGGACUGGACCGCAUUCACGGAGGCAAUCGAGAAGGUCGAUGUCACCCAGCUCAUUGAGGCCGCGGAGAAGGAGCGCCGUAUGGUCAAAGCCGAAGCCAGAACCCAGAAGGUCGAAGCGGAACUGGCCGUUCUGCGGGCGCGCGGACUGGGGGUGCCGCUGCCGGCCAUCCCUGCAUCCCCCACCGCCCACAUCCGCACUCAGCUGGGCCGCACCAACAUCUCGUCGACGCACAUCCCAGCUCCCGCGUUUAUCUCAUCACCCAAGAUUCUGGGCCCGGAAGCCAUGGCCAACCUCAUCCACGUGGUAGAGCGGAUGCGAUCUGCCGCCCCGCUGCUUUCGACCUCCGCCACGGAUGUAGCCCGGUAUAACACGCUGUUCCAGCAUUGGAAAGAGAUGAGUUCGGCACGUCCCGUGGAGGAGGUUGGAGUCCCGCUGUCGCCGGGCACGGUCUGGCCUGGCAGCGGUGAAUGCUGGAACUGCAGCAAAGUCACUGCACCGCGCCACAACGCUGCGGAUUGUGACGGCGCCAAAAUCCCUCUCCCUGAACGGCGCUUCCGCCGCAUCUGCUCAAAAAACCUUCCUCGCACCGUGCCGGUUGCUGUCAACGCUGUUUUGGGAAGCUGGAUGGACGACAAUGACGAGCAGGGUUUUCCGGGGGAGUCACUGUGA